AUGAGCCUAACAUCACGCCUGGCCGGUUUAUUUUCCCAGGACAGCUCGGGCAGAGACGCUUCCGAGGCACAGCGCAAUGGACGUUCGGAGCCUGGUGUCGAGGUCGAGAGCUCACGGCAGAAUCAGCGAUCGCUUACAAUGGAGGGACUGGCGGAGGAGGAAAUAGACUUUGAACUGAAGAGGCCGCCCUACACCCAUUCAAUGCUUGCCGGGGGGAUUGGCGGUACAACCGGCGACAUCCUCAUGCAUUCCCUAGACACAGUCAAGACACGGCAACAAGGCGAUCCUCAUUUUCCGCCCAAGUAUGCCAGCUUAACGGAUUCCUAUGUCAAGAUUUUUCGACAAGAGGGUGUUAGACGAGGACUUUAUGGAGGUUUUACUGCCGCCAUGUUGGGAUCAUUCCCUGGGACUGUCGUGUUCUUCGGGUCAUAUGAGUAUUGCAAGCGACACCUCCUGGAUCGAGGAAUCAACCCAUCUGUCGCAUUCCUUACAAGCGGUUUCAUUGCCGACUUCGCAGCGUCGAUCGUGUACGUGCCGUCCGAGGUCCUCAAGACUCGCUUGCAGUUGCAGGGUCGAUACAACAAUCCUUUCUUCCACUCGGGUUACAACUAUAAGUCUACGUGGGAUGCAGCCAGAACAAUAGUCCGCACCGAAGGUUUCGGUGCGCUAUACUCUGGUUACAAGGCGACGAUUGUCAGAGAUCUGCCAUUCUCCGCACUACAAUUCGCCUUUUAUGAACAAGAGAGGAAAUUCGCACAGAGUUGGAGUGGAACUCAAGAGCUUGGCUUGGGAUUCGAAGUACUCACUGCAGUCUCCGCUGGUGGCCUGGCUGGAGUCAUCACUUGUCCGCUGGAUGUCGUGAAGACGAGGACGCAGACUCAGAUCACCCCCAAUACCAACGCAAAGGGUAGCCAAGCCUCACAUUUGGAGAAGGCUACAGGAAGCCACAAGCCGGCGGCGCAGACACAGUCGCGAUUAAUACACUCAGGGCCUCGAAAUGUACUGCAUUCGGCUCCAACCCUCGAUACAUCAUCAGUGUUGACGGCGUUAAGGCUCAUCUACAGAACCGAGGGAGUUGCCGGCUUGUUUCGCGGAGUGGGCCCCCGGUUUGUAUGGACAAGCGUUCAAAGCGGGACGAUGCUUGUUCUGUACCAGUACCUGCUGAAGCAGAUGGAAAAGGCCCAAGCAGAUGAAGGAUCAACAGCGAUCUGA